GAAAGAGGAGGAAAAUAGUACUUAGAAAAGUUCCUGCCAGUAACAGAUUGUUUUUAUUUAUCCAGAGCCCUUUUUUUUUGUUUUGUUUUGUUAUUAAAAGGCUUUAUGGAAGCCUGUUUGAGUCUUGACUGUGAGAAGUUUGUUGUAACCAGACUCUGAGAAGUAUAAUCUUGCUGGUCCCUUUUACAUUUGACUGCAUCUCCCUGCCUUGUUGUAUUCUUAAUACUCUACUUACUUUUAUUUAUUUUAAGUCACAGACAAGCUGUUACACUUAUCUCUUUCUAGAUAGCCUAGGAUCUGUGCAUAAUGUAAGAAGUGACAGAACUUUGUAGAUCUCACAGAAGUGUUGCUUAUGGUACAAGCAUUCCCAUAUUAGCUAUUUAUGUAUUUUUUAUUUUCAGUAUAACUGAACUGUCUUUUAAAAAGAAAAAGUUAGUUUCUCUCAGACUGCUUAGAACUGUAGAGGACAUGCACCUGCACUUUCCUUUAAUGCUUGAGCAUGCUCAAGGAGGAAUUCAUGAAAGCUGUCCUCAGGGAGGAGCUGCUGUGGAAGGGACACCUGUUGCUGUCAUCACUGUAACAAGAAAAACUCUGUUUCAGAGCGGAGUAACAUCUUUUCCAUAUGCAACAGUGCCUGCACGCUGUUGCAUGAGACUGAAAUCAGGCAUAUUCAAGUUUUGAAGCCAAGAUUGAUUAACUAGACUAGAAAGAAGCAGCUGGUGGUGUGAUUUGCAUCCUUGUUUAUGAAGCAUUCAUUCAUUUUUAUAAGGAGAAGCCAAUACUGUCCGGAGGAAGAGAUGACCAUGUAGAUACUACAGCCUGAGUGCAGCAUAAUGGGAAAUGGUGAAUGGAAUGGAGCUGGUCUGCAGCCUUGAAAGCAGCCAUCCUGCGGACUAUUACCUGGUCAGGGACACCUCAGUCAUCAGAGGCAUUCUCCACUGACUUCACUGAACACCCACUGGAUUCUUCUUAAUCCCUUAGGUUGGAAUUUGAGUCCCCCGCUUUGCAAUUUUGAAGCAAUUUUAAAAUUCCAUCUAGUAUACAGAGUGGAGCAAUACAAUCAGCAACAAUGGGUGACAUGACAAACAGCGAUUUCUAUACCAAGAACCAAAGAAACGAGGCCAACCAUGCAGGAGAGUUUGGGUGCUCACUGGAGGAGCUGCGCUCCCUCAUGGAACUCAGAGGAACAGAAGCAGUAGUGAAAAUUAAGGAGACAUAUGGGGACACAGAGGGCCUCUGCAGGCAUUUAAAGACAUCACCAACAGAAGGAUUACCUGGCACUGCUGCGGAUCUAGAAAAAAGAAAGCUUAUUUUUGGGAAAAACUUUAUACCUCCAAAGAAGCCAAAAACUUUCUUACAGCUAGUUUGGGAAGCACUACAGGAUGUGACUCUUAUAAUCUUGGAAAUUGCAGCCAUCAUAUCUCUGGGGCUCUCAUUUUAUCAGCCGCCUGGAGAAGGGAAUGAAGGUUGUGCUACUGUAUCAGGAGGAGCUGAAGAUGAAGGUGAGGCAGAAGCUGGCUGGAUUGAAGGUGCCGCUAUUCUACUCUCUGUUGUUUGUGUUGUACUCGUCACUGCCUUUAAUGACUGGAGCAAGGAGAAGCAAUUUCGUGGGCUUCAAAGUCGUAUUGAGCAGGAACAGAAAUUUACUGUGGUCCGAGGUGCACAAGUUAUUCAAAUCCCAGUGGCAGAGAUAGUAGUUGGUGACAUUGCACAGGUUAAAUAUGGUGAUCUCCUGCCCUCUGAUGGGAUUUUCAUUCAAGGAAAUGACCUUAAAAUUGAUGAAAGUUCUUUAACUGGAGAGUCGGAUCAAGUCCGCAAAUCUGUUGACAAGGACCCUAUGCUGCUAUCGGGUACCCAUGUCAUGGAAGGCUCUGGGCGAAUGCUCGUGACUGCUGUGGGAGUGAAUUCUCAGACAGGCAUCAUCUUUACUCUAUUAGGGGCUGGUGGAGAAGAGGAGGAAAAGAAAGAUAAGAAAGGUAUGAAAAAAGAGGAUGGACAUCAGCUUCCAGUAGAUUCUUCCCAUCCCUCCUCCCACCCUCCUUCAGCUACAGAUGGUGCAGCAGGUGCAAAUGCCACUGAUAAUGCAAAUGCCAGCUUAGUCAAUGGCAAAAUGCAGGAUGGGAAUAUGGAGAACAGCCAGAAUAAAGCCAAGCAGCAGGAUGGUGCUGCUGCCAUGGAGAUGCAGCCACUGAAGAGUGCAGAAGGAGGAGAGGGAGAUGAAAAAGAAAAGAAGAAGUCCAGCAUGCACAAGAAAGAGAAAUCUGUCCUCCAGGGAAAGCUGACCAAACUAGCUGUCCAGAUAGGCAAAGCAGGUUUGGUGAUGUCUGCCAUUACUGUAAUAAUUUUGGUACUGUACUUCGCUGUUGACACUUUUGUUGUCAACAAGAAGCAGUGGUUGCCCGAGUGCACUCCUGUUUAUGUUCAAUAUUUUGUCAAGUUCUUCAUCAUUGGUGUUACUGUGCUCGUGGUUGCUGUUCCUGAAGGACUUCCACUUGCUGUCACUAUUUCUCUGGCUUAUUCUGUUAAGAAAAUGAUGAAGGAUAACAAUCUGGUCCGCCACUUAGAUGCUUGUGAGACUAUGGGUAAUGCUACGGCCAUCUGCUCUGACAAAACAGGGACACUUACAACCAACAGGAUGACAGUAGUACAAGCCUACUUUGGUGAUGUCCACUACAAAGAGAUCCCUGACCCAGAUUCUAUACCAAGCAAAACCCUCGAUUUGUUGGUUAAUGCAAUUGCCAUCAACAGUGCUUAUACUACAAAAAUUCUGCCACCAGAAAAGGAAGGUGGCCUGCCUCGUCAGGUUGGCAACAAGACAGAAUGUGGCCUAUUGGGGUUUGUCCUGCAACUGAAGCAGGAUUACCAGCCUGUUCGGAAUCUAAUCCCUGAGGAGAAACUCUACAAAGUAUACACGUUUAACUCCGUGAGAAAGUCAAUGAGCACUGUUGUGAAAAUGCCAGAUGGCAGUUUCCGAAUGUACAGCAAAGGUGCUUCUGAAAUUGUUCUGAAGAAGUGUUCUAGAAUCAUUAAUGCAGCAGGUGAGAUUCGUGUCUUCAGACCACGUGACCGGGAUGAGAUGGUGAAGAAAGUGAUUGAACCCAUGGCCUGUGAUGGACUGAGAACUAUUUGCAUUGCAUACCGGGACUUCAGCAGCAACCCAGAACCAGACUGGGACAGUGAAAAUGACAUUUUAACUGACCUGACCUGCAUUUGUGUAGUUGGUAUUGAAGAUCCAGUAAGGCCUGAGGUCCCAGAAGCCAUAAGAAAGUGCCAGCGAGCUGGAAUUACAGUUCGCAUGGUCACUGGGGACAACAUCAAUACAGCUCGUGCCAUCGCAAUAAAGUGUGGAAUUAUUCAUCCAGGAGAAGACUUUCUUUGCAUAGAGGGAAAGGAGUUUAACAGGAGGAUCCGAAACGAGAAGGGAGAGAUUGAGCAAGAACGUAUUGACAAGAUCUGGCCAAAACUACGAGUACUUGCUCGCUCAUCUCCCACAGACAAACACACUUUGGUGAAAGGUAUUAUUGACAGCACGCAGGUGGAGCAGAGGCAGGUUGUUGCAGUGACUGGUGAUGGAACCAAUGAUGGACCGGCACUUAAAAAAGCUGAUGUUGGCUUUGCAAUGGGCAUUGCAGGUACUGAUGUUGCAAAGGAAGCCUCAGAUAUUAUCUUGACGGAUGAUAAUUUCAGUAGCAUUGUGAAGGCUGUAAUGUGGGGCCGUAACGUCUAUGAUAGCAUCUCCAAGUUCCUACAGUUCCAACUUACUGUUAACGUUGUGGCUGUGAUUGUGGCUUUCACUGGGGCAUGUAUUACACAGGACUCUCCACUGAAAGCUGUGCAGAUGCUGUGGGUCAAUCUAAUUAUGGACACCUUUGCUUCUCUUGCUCUGGCCACUGAACCCCCUACAGAGUCUCUACUGCUAAGGAGACCAUAUGGCAGAAACAAGCCUCUUAUAUCACGUACCAUGAUGAAGAACAUUCUGGGCCAUGCUGUCUACCAGCUAACUCUCAUUUUUACGCUUCUCUUCGUUGGUGAAAAAAUGUUUAAGAUUGACAGUGGUCGGAAUGCACCACUCCACUCUCCUCCUUCUGAGCACUACACCAUUAUCUUCAAUACCUUCGUCAUGAUGCAGCUAUUCAAUGAAAUCAACGCACGCAAAAUCCACGGCGAGAGGAAUGUUUUUGAUGGCAUUUUUAGAAACCCUAUAUUUUGCACUAUUGUACUGGGUACAUUUGCUGUACAGAUAGUAAUUGUGCAGUUUGGUGGGAAACCUUUCAGCUGCUCUCCUCUGCAGCUUGACCAGUGGAUGUGGUGUGUAUUUAUUGGACUAGGAGAACUUGUCUGGGGUCAGGUCAUUGCAACCAUCCCAACAAGUAGGCUAAAGUUUUUAAAGGAAGCAGGGCGGCUCACUGAAAAAGAGGAAGUACCUGAAGAAGACCUGAAUGAAGAUGUUGAAGAAAUUGACCAUGCAGAGAGAGAACUUCGACGUGGACAAAUUCUCUGGUUCAGAGGGCUCAACAGAAUCCAAACUCAGAUCCGCGUCGUGAAGGCAUUCCGUAGCUCUCUCUAUGAAGGGUUAGAAAAACCAGAAUCUAGAACCUCCAUUCACAACUUUAUGACUCAUCCUGAAUUUAGGAUAGAAGAUUCCCAACCUCACAUCCCACUCAUUGAUGACACAGACCUAGAAGAAGACCCUGCUCUCAAGCAAAACUCUAGCCCACCGUCUUCGCUGAACAAGAACAACAGUGCUAUCGACAGUGGAAUAAAUCUUACAACUGACACAAGUAAAUCAGCUACCUCUUCUAGUCCAGGAAGCCCAAUACAUAGCCUGGAGACAUCACUUUAGCUGAAAGUUCACUGCAAAAAAUAUAUAUAAAUAAAAACAACAACAGAAGUAUAUAUAUAUAUAGAUAUAUAAAAAACUGUGCUGGCUGAGAAGCUGUUUGAACUCUUAUUCACUUUGUGACAAGUGAAUGAAUUGCUGAUCACAGUGGUUUUGGGGAAAGAAUGAAUGGCUGAUUUACAUACCCCUUUUUGCUCCCUUGCAGAAAAACAAAAAGAACCCUCCUGCAUGAAUGUACUGUGCACUUCCAGCUCCCACCCCGCUCUCUCUCACGCGCACUGUCUCUCUCUCUCUUUUUUUAAGCAGUAAAUGCAGAGGACUUUUUUCUGAGGCUAUUUAUCCAAUUCACUGGUCUGUGAGUUUUUUGAAAUGCUUGUGUGGCAUGGAUUCAGUUGUAUAGAUUAAUUUAAAUAACGUUUUUGAAGUUGCAAAGCUUAACUUGCACAGUAGAUUUGCACCAGUUGGACAGAGAAACUUAAUAAACAUUUAUGAGAUUAUAUAUAGAGAUACAUACAUAUAAAUAUAUACAUAAUUAAUGAUAUACAUAUAUGUAUAUAUCUAUCUAUAUAUUUAGUUAUAUAUAAAGUUUCUUUGUUGGCAUGUUGCCUUGUUUCUGCUCAAAUUGCUCUGACUAUUAACUUAUUUAUGUCCUAAAAAAAAAGAAUGUAAUUUGUUUACAAACCUGUAGAUAAUAUCCUUAACUAUUUGUAGGGUUAAGAAAGCACUUCCUGCCGAAGUAGUAUAAAAAUUGCUCAGCUCUUUGAAAACUUCUGUAAUAUUGCACCUUGGAUGUUUUAUUACAACCGUGUUCUGAUUUUGCCUGCCUUUUUUUUGGGGGGGGGUGUUAAAUAAUGUAGAUACUGCUAGCAAAUAACAAAAGAAGCCAAAAUAUAACACAUUGGAUGUAGCAUUGUUAUCCUAUGUACAGGGCAGUGAACAGGCUUCCUUUGUUUCAAAUACAAAGUUGAAAUGAUCAGGUUUUCUUCCCUUUUUUUUUCUUUCUUUUUUUUUUUUAAAUAAAUUGCUUGAACUUGUUUUGGUGCAACACUCAAUGAUGGAGGCCAUUUCGUUGUUUCAGUGUAUUGCAAUGGCUUCUUCAAAGUAUUUUUUUUAAAAAGUUGUUAUAUGAAACUCAGUUUAGUUUAUGAAUAACAAUUCAAAGAUAAGUUAUAUUUGGCUUUGUGUAUGGAGAUCAAACUAGUGUUGAAAUAUUGUGAUAUAUUGUGUUGAUUCUUUUCAGUUAGUAAUUUAGACAUUCAUUUCCUUAUUAAUUACAAGAAUAUGGGCUGUUGGCAUUUUGGAUAGAAAAUCACUAUGGUUUGUUGCUUUGACUUUUUAAAAGGAAAAGAUAAUCAUUUUCUGCACUAUCUAGAUCUGAAUGAAAUUUUAUGAAGUGUAUAUUGAAAUGUGCUUUGUGUGUUUUUUUUUUAAUCAAGCUUGUCUUCCUGUAGUCACAAAAUAUACUGUACCUAAUUAACAAUGUUGUUUUACCUAUGUAUUGAGCUUUCUACAAGGGAAGCCGUUUUGAAAACCUGCAGUAUCAUGGAUGAGAAAUAUUUUUCAAGAUGGUAACAGCCCUGGUAACUUAAAUUUAUGAGCUUAUAUAAUCGCUAUGUCAACCACUUGAAUGCUAAGCACUUUGUGGGUCACAGAUUUUUCAUAAAUAAUUUUGUAUUUAAUACAAAGUUUGCGUCAAGACUUUUCAGCAAGCAUAUGAUCUUUUCCAUAAUCUUGUACAGUGCAAAAGACAUUUUGAAUAACAUGAUCAAUUAUGCCAGAAAAACACUUUCAAACUAGCUUGAAAAAUUGAUUUGUUGUAUUGUGUGUUGUUUUAAAGUUGGCUAAGAAAGCGGUGCAUCUCUGCAGUCACAAGAACUAUUCCAAGCCAGAGAACUCUCCAAACAAUAUUAGACUCAUGGCCAAACUGCAGAUUGAAAUGAAUAAAAGAGUUUUCAGGGUGCAUCAGGACUAUUCAGCCAGGUAAAACUCUAAUCAGCUUGAAUUGCCAGCUUCCGGACUUUUGUGCAGAAGCUUGAAUGUUUUUUGGCUCAGACUCAUAGCUCACUGUCUGAUUCUUUUCACUGAACAGCAGAUCUUUCAAGGCUUACAGAACUGUUUUCAACAGAUACCGUUACCCGUUUCUUAACAGUAAAAGCUGGCAUGAAAACAUCAUUGAAUUUAACUAAUUCUUAGUAGCAAAGUGAUUGAAACUUAGUCAGCAUUGUUCCUUGGAUUGUAAAUACAGGGACUGACCUUUGUAUAACAUGUAUUGGGUUUCUAUGGCCUAUUUGGGAUACCAUGUUCAGAAAAAAAAGUUAUCCAUUCUAUUUAUAGGGAAGAGCCUCUGUCAUUGCAUUGGACUUGAGCAGCUACAAAAUCUGUCAGUACUGGAACAUAAUUUUCAAUAACUUAACAAUGAUGAUUUGCCUUUUAUUUUCAAGACGUCUUUUUCAUCAGAUUCUUUUUUUUUCAUUUGAUUUAAUUUUCCUCUAGUAGAACCCAUUCAGAAUACCAAUAGGGUACCAUUUGCAGACUUGAAAAACUGUUUAAAAAUAAAUGAACACAGCAUUCUGUGUGUGUAUAUAUAGUAAAAACAUAUAUAAACUGAGAUGCAUAGAAAACUUGGGCUUCUGUGAGCAGAGACUGUGCUUUAUGUAUAUGAUAAAUGAUAGACUUUUUUUUAAAAAAAAAAGUAGAAUAGUUAUGACCUUUCAACUACAAGUCAUGCAUCACAAUUCCUUUCUUUUAUUGCUUGACCUCUCUGUGAUGGGAACAAUGGAUCAAAAACCCAAAAUGAUCAGUUUGUUAAACUCACUGCAAUAUAUAAAUGCUUGCUCUCUACAUACUGUACUUAGCAGCAUGAGAUUUGUGGAAAACAAUACAGUGGUACAUUUGGCAAUCCGUCCCAUUAGGGGUUAUUACUAUAUAUUAAUUCAUCUGUUUUUAUGAAUUUUUUAUCUAGACAAUAAUUGUAAAUAAAGAACUUACUGUCUCUGUUCAUUUAAUACUAUGCAAAAGGUUAUGCUUUCUAUUGUUUAUUCUUAUUCCUACAGUGUGAUGCUGGAAUGUUUGUGGUUUAAAAAACAAAACAAAACAAAAAAAAGACAAAAGUAAGUAAAAUAUGUGAUGUAAAUUAUUUUAUAGUUUGAAACAAAAUGAUAAAGUUUUAUUCUUGCUGCUUACUGUCUAAUAGAUAUCUCCUGGCAGGAGCGCAAGUGGAAAAUUAAAUAAAAAUAAAUUCACAAAGCAGCAUGAACGAUAA